AUGAAUUGCACAGAGGAGGAGCUGACGAAGAGGAAUGUUUUUCAUUUGAAUAUCUUUAAUCCUUUGAUCAAAAUUUUGGAAAGUUAUAUGAUAAUUAAGAAAGAACUAAGUCCGGAUGAAUUUUGCUUAAUGUUAUUCGCGAAGAAAGAAGAGAAAGAACGAUGCGAAAAUGAUUACGAUUUGCUCAGGGAACGUUUUGAUAAUCUUGAAGAUCUUAAGGAUUUAUCAAUCUCGGAGCAGAAUAUAAUUGCCGAUUUAUUUAUAAAUAUUCUUCGUUACGAGUCGGUCUUGGAGGCAAUAAGCAAGGAUUUUUUGAACCAUCUUCAUUAUCGCAAUAAUAACGAGUUGUAUCAAACUAUGGUGUUGGUGUACACUCUCUCAUACAGAAUUUCCAAUCUAUUUUUCGAAGAAUCUAUCGACUGUUUCGUUCACUUUAAAAUUAAGAAAAUCUUGUCUUUAGUUUUGUAUCUUCUUCGUUCGGAAACCUCGAACCUUUAUUACGAAAAGGGUCGUCUAAUUUUCGAGGAAGAUUUUGUGGAACAGAAACUUGUACUACCAUUUUUAGAGAUUACGUCGUGUUUAGAGAAACUUCGGGACCAAUUAAAGGAGUAUCUGCGAAAGAUGAAGAAGCCUAAACCAAAAUUGACAAUUCCAACGUUUAUGAACGUUUUGAAUCAUCCGAGGCACCCAACCAGAGCACCUCCUCCCACACCUGAAGACUUGUCAGCGAUGAGAUUCGCUCGCGAUGUACCGAGGACAAAUUACGUUAAACCAUCGACUGAGAUGAGAUUGGAAUCGUUGCGAGUUGCGAACAAAUUGCAAGCUAUGAAUUUAUUGAAGGAUGCGAACGAGAAUGCACCGAGUUGUCUGAAACGUUGCAAAGUUUUCGUGAAGACAACUGAGGAAGAAAAACCGAAAGCUACAUUCGUGAGAAAAUCGGCUCCGACGUUUAAGCCUGUCGUGGUGAAACACACGGCAGCUUCGACUUUGAGAGAAUGCGCUCGUGUGAUCGGUGACGAAGAGAAAGAAAUAAAAAAAUUAAAGGGUUUAUUGGAAGGGGGACUGGAUCCAUCGGCGAUAUCAAAGUUCGAGGAAGAGAAACGGCAACAACAGAAAGAAGAAGAAUUGUUAAAGAUACAAGAGAAACAUCUUUUAGGGUUGUUAACACACGAAGGUGCUUUUAUUGCAAAGCAAUCGUUGUUAAAUGAUAUUAAAUCGCACGCUGAAAGUGUACGGAAAGAGAAACAAGAAUUGUAUGAAAAAUUAGAAAAAUGGAGAGAAGAUCAUAAUAAACAGAUGAUAGAAAUCGUCGAAAAAUGCCGUGAAGUUGAACAAUCAUCUCGCGAAGCUUUUAACGCUAUGAUCGAUGAAAAACGACAGAAAGCUGCUGAAGUAUCGGAAGAAUCACGUCAAUUGAAACUCCAGAUGAUAAAACAAAGAGAGGAAGAAACUCAGAGAAAGAUAAAAUUGAUUCAAGAAAUCAAAACGCUUCAAUCAUUACGAGCUUUACCUUUUAAGGAUUUCGAUCCUACCGAAUCCAGUGGACUGGGUCUUUUUUGCGAAAUGUCCUUAGUGGAGCUGAAAGAACGAUUAUUUUGGACGAAGAUGAAAUUGAACGAAGAGAUCCAGAACCGGAAGUCCGCCAUUCGUCAACAACGCGAUCGACAGAAAAAUUUGAUCAAAGAUACUCGUAGAGCACUCGAAGAAUAUAAAGCAAACAAGUUAGUUAUUAUAAAUAACUUCCUCAGACAAGCUGCUCCAUCGAUGAAAUCGGAACUGAAGGAAGUAAGUUCACCGGAAAUAGAGGCGUUGAGGAAGAUGUUGGAGGAACGAAGAGCUUUAAGAUGUCAAAAGAACAACGCUUGUAAUUCUAGUUUUAACAAGUAAAAUGACGGUGUUUCGUGAUUUGUUCUCCUCAUGUGUGUUAUGUGGAAAUUGAGUAACUAUAGGAGGAUGCUGAAUCAUUGUUAUGUACUGACAAUAUUCUUAUCACGUUUCCGACGCUGUUUUAGAGCAUAAUCAGUCGAUAAAUAUCGUGCUAUAAGCUAUAGUUAAAAAUUGAACAGUCAUUGUCUCGA